GGGAAAUCCCAUUUUUAGUAUUCUCUCUUUUAGUAAGUUCUUAUAAAUGGGAGGUAUUAAAGGUGGUGUUGGGAGCUUUCUUUUGCGGCGCGCCGCACCUAAAAGUGUUAGACAGCGCCAUCUCACGGGCCCACAGUUUAACAAGAGAAAGUUUUUUAACUUUCCAAAAGGGUAUCAUCGUCUUCAUCGUCGUGUUGCGCCUAUGAUGCAAGCCACAUCCUCCCCAACGCACAAACUGGAGUAUGAACGUUUUGCGCAUCUCCCAGGCGACGUACGGACACGCCCUGCUGAAGAUUUUACCUUUACUUCACGCGCAGAUAAGGCGUUAUACGCGUGGAAAAAGCAUGGGAAACUUCAGCUUUAUCAAAUAGGCGGAAAAAGGGAGGUUUUUGUUUGCUAUCGUUGUGGAUAUCCUGUGAGUAGCCGAUUGGUUGCCAUUCGUGAGGAUAAUUGGGAUUAUAGGAUGUGCUAUAAUUGCUAUACCUCGGUGAUGGUGAAGGGAAUGGAGAACCUUAUCUGAUCUCUCGCAUUUUAUUAGUUGCUGUUCUUAUUGGAAUGCAUUGCUUCUUUUCCUCUUGAUGGGAAUAAAAAAGUGAACAAUAUAUGCCCUCUUAGAA